CACAUGACUGUUUCCAUGGCAGCGCAAAACAAUUGUUCUGGUAAACUGCAGGUAACAGAAUUGCCAAUGUUUCGGGAGGCUCACAUUUACACACUUAAGUGAGUAUGUCUGACCAAAAGACCGAAAUCCCCGAUCCCAAAGAUGAAGAAGUUCACAGUACUGAAGCAGAUCAAGUUGUCACGGAAGACGAAACACCACCCACAGAGCCUGCUGUUGUGACUUCAGCGGCAGAGGAAGGGACAGCAGACCAGGCUCAGCCAUCCGAGGCAGCCGAUCAAGGUCUUCUGUCGGUGUUCGUGCCCGAUGACAUGCUCUCAGAAGAGACAGGUCCUGACCAGGUUGCGCAGAGUGUGGAUCAUGGCCACCCGGUUCCUUCAGCUCCCGCAGAGCCUGAUGCUCAGAUGGGGCCGGUCGCUGCCGAGGAUAUGGAUUCGACAGAUGCAGUGGCAGAAGAGGUUGUGCAAAAGAAGGAAACAUCUUCGUCUCCGGCCGUAGAGAACACUACCGUAACAGUUAAAAUCAUGCUCCUUCCAGAUGGUCAUAUGAUGACCAUGGCAUUUGCAAUAGGCCUUACAGCUGGAGACCUGAAGGAACACUUUGCUACAGAGCUUAAAAUGCCAACCAGUGCAUUACAGGUUUCAUUCAAUGGAAAAGCUGUUGAAGAUUCUAAGACGCUUAUAGAUCUUGGUGUACAGCCUCAUGGCACUAUCCAGUUAGAAAUGUCUUCCUCUGACCCUGAAAACUACCCCAUCAAGCCACUUAAGCCACAGCAGGAGUACAACAUGCCAGAUGUCAUAACUGUCGGGGUUCAGAAAGAAGAGGAUACAUAUCAUUAUGUAGUGGUUGAGAUUGAAAGGGCUACACACCGUAAACCUUUUCUUGGUGGAUAUCGGCAUAAAUUAACAGGGGCAGAAUUUCAUCAUGCUGCAGUGCAAACAUUGCCCAAAAAAAGGCCGGACAGAAGUGUUGAACAGUAUUGCAGGGACACACAGACAGUUGUUCAAAAAAGUCAAUGCCAGCAGGCCACUAACUCAACAUCUACGCAAAUGACCAAAAUAGGCUGUUAUGUGUCCAAUGCGAAAGACAAGCUACUGAUACCCAAAACAUAUGUGACAGCAGAAGAAUAUCAUGCUAAAAGGCUCAAAGCAGUGAUAGUCAUCCAGACUUACACCAGACGCUGGCAAGCCAAAAGACUGACGGAGCAGCUGAGACAAGAGAGACAGCGCAGACUGGAUUGGAUGAAGCAGGAGGAAAUAAGAAAGAGGAAUGAAAAGGAAGACAGAAUAAAGAGAGAGUUUGAACGAAGGAUGAAUCCUCAAACCAAAGAAGAUUUUGAUCUGUUGUAUCAUGCUCUAGAAAAAUGGAGACAAGAGGAGAUUGACCAUAUUAACUCUACCCUCACUGGACCUGAGCGGAAAGCAGCACUCUGUGCGCUGCUGGAACAAGAAACCCAGCUAAUUGCUUCUAUUGGGAGACACAGGCUGGUUGCAGGUGAAGAAAACCUUAAGAAGUCAGUUGCAGCAUUUUUAGAAAAGUGUGCUGAACCAAAGAAGUGGAAAGCAUUUGAUGGAAAAAUCACUGAAAUGGAUACACAAUACACAAUCAGAGCUAGAGAGCUACGGGAUAUUUAUGCCAGUAUAAACAUGAAGUAUCUAAGUCAAGAUGAAAGACUUGAUGUCCUUUUAACCUUGAAACAUACUGUGAAGGAGCAUGACUGUAAGUUGACUCAAGAUAUUGUGGAGUUGAUUGACAGAGAGGCUGAUCUUAUGAUGAGAGGAAUUAAGGAAAGCAAUUUGGAGGGGCUCAGAAAGAGGAUUUCUACCCUUUUCCUUCAGUAUAUUAAAACACCAACAUUUAACCCUGAGGUUACGAGGUUACUUAAGGUUCCACAAGACCCGGCACAAUUACGCAAAAAUAUCUACUUCUGUCCAGGAUGUAGAAGCUACCUGCCUUCUACUGAUUUCUCUCUAACACUGAACUCCCGUUCAGUAGGCAGGUGCCGAAAAUGCAGCAAGCUGGAUAAUGAGGCACGGCGGCGAGAAGACUUAUCUAAAUACAAGAACAUUCUUAAGCAUCUUAGAAAGAGUGAAGCUGAGCACAACGAAGAUGCAAAGAUUGCUUUCUUAUUGCAGGAAAAAGAUCUACAGUAUUUGGUGGAUGUUAUAUGGGGCGCCCAAUCACCACUUAGUGCAUGGGAUGACUUGCACGAUCUUGUCAUUGUGCGCUGGGACAGGUUCUCUGAAUGGUCUCCAUGGAACUGUAUUCUGUUAACAAAGGAAGAAGCAGCUGCUCAUGUAAAACUGGACAAUACUGAGCAGGCCUAUGGGAUUGUAUUUAUUCGUAAGAUCAAGCACAAGCACACUUUGGCAAAAAAAUAUUUUGCUCAAGUUCCAGCAAUGGCACAGUUCUUACAUACUUAUAACUCUCAAUCUGCAUCCCAGGAUGACCUUUUAAUAACAAAACCUAUUUCAACUGAAACACAAUCAUGAUUUAUUUUUUAAAUGAAAACUUGAUGUGGUUUUGAAUUGCAAGAAGCCUUUUUAUUAUUAAAGAAUUUACUGAAUCUAGAAUAAACAAAAUAUUGUGUUUUCAUUUA